CAAGUUAAAACAGGUGCCUUUCAAUGUUUUGAUGAUUCAUAUCUAUAUGAACUUUUUGCAAUCCAUGUCUAUAUGUGCUUUUUUCUUAUUCUUUUUUCAGUGCCUAGAAGUGGUAAGUCUUUUUGUUAUCAAGUACAUAACAAACAACAUGAAUGAAACCAGUGGAGUCCCAAGUCCCAACAUGUUUUUCUCAAACAUGUUUUUCACAAACAAAUAAUAGCCAUAUAAAUCACAAUUACAAUUGAAGGCAAAAUCAUGAGACACAUUUCAUAUGCUUUUGUCUCUAAACUAACCCCACACAAAAAGUUACUACUCAUAACAAUUUCCAUUCAUCUAUAUAUAUAGGGCAGACAAAACCACACAGCUACAACAUCAAGUCCUCACUUUCUCUACAAUAAAAUAUUUUUGAGAACUCAAUACUUCCUCUCUCAACAAAAUACAUUGAAAGAUCAACAUGGCAUUUGGAUUGCCUGGUUUUGCUAAGGGUAAGAAGGCUCUCCAAAGAACACUUUCGGGCAUCAAAGAAGCUGAUUUGAAGUCCAAAGCCAUCCCAAAAGGCUACUUUGUAGUCUAUGUUGGAGAGGAGCAAAAGAAGCGAUAUGUAGUACCUCUUGCGUACCUAAAUGAGCCUGCAUUUCAAGAACUGCUAAGUAUGGCUGAAGAAAAAUUCGGAUAUGAUCAUCCGAUGGGAGGCAUCACAAUUCCUUGCAGAGAAGACAUGUUCAUUGAACUCACUUCUCAGUUGAAUUGAUUGUAAGUCUUAGCACUAAGAUAAUUUAGUAGAAGGGUUUAUGCCAAGCCAAGAGAGAUGGCUUCACCUAUCUAGAUAAAUAAUUAAGUUCUAGUAAGACUAUCUAAUAUGCUGUAUUUCUGAGUUACCAACUUUUUUCAAUUAAUGAGAAAGUCUAAUUG